AUGGUAAAAAAAUUCGAGGAAACCACUAAACAAGAUGCAGACGGACGAUGCAUUGUGGAAAUUCCAUUUAAAGACGACAUGGAGCUGGGUGACUCUCGUAAGCAGGCAAUUGCUCGGCUGUUAUCCACGGAAGCAAAUCUCAAAAAAUGUGAAAAACUUUGCAAUGAUUACAAAGAAUUCAUUCACGAGUACCAAAACCUUGGGCAUAUGAUAAAAGCAAACGAGAAGGUAAAUGGAAAAUAUUACUUGCCACACCAGGCUGUAAUACGCGAAGAAAAAUUAACUACAAAACUUCGUGUUGUCUUUGAUGCGUCAGCAAAAACUUUAAAUGGAAAGUGCCCAAAUGAUAUCAUGUUGACAGGACCCAAACUUCAAAGGGAUGUAUUUGAUAUCAUUCUCAGGUGGAGACUACGGAAAGUAGUAAUCACAGCCGAUGUUGAAAAAAUGUUCCGGCAAAUUAAAAUUUCAAAAAAAGAUCAAGUGUAUUAUCGAAUUUUGUGGCAGGAACAUCCUUCAGAUAAGAUAGAGGAAUACGAGUUGACGACAGUGACAUUUGGUACCGCUUCAGCACCAUAUUUAGCAGUGCGCACAUUAUUUGAAAUUGCCAACAAGUAUUCUAGUGAAAACAAAUGGUUACAAAUAAUCAUAAAGGAAGAUUUUUAUAUGGAUGAUCUCAUGACUGGUGGAGAUUUGUAUUAUGAUCCAAAAAGAAAUCAGCAAGCAUCUUCAGUUAUUUGGAUUUCAUUUGAGGAAAUGGCUAUCCAAUUGCGACAAUAUAACCAAAAAUAUCACCAACAUUGGAUAAAGAAAAUGAAGCAGUGA